AAUUGAAUAAGGAACUUUUGGCGCUAUUUCUACGACAAUUAUUCCGCCAUUUUCUCGCCAUGCUUCCGUCAUUUCACUUUCUCUUCUCCGUUCCACAGCGCAACAGCUGAUCGGUUGAGCUCUGGUGAUAUCUAUUAGCAUACUGAAUUAAUCAUUGUCGGAAAUUUCUUGCUGAUUGUGAUUUGACAGUUGUUUCAUUUAGUAGCCGAGUGAAUUGCUUUUCAAUCUGAGUGAAGUAUGGAUAUGAGGCUUUUGGAAAUUCAUCCUCAGGAAUUGAAGUUCAUUUGUGAACCAAAUAAGCAUAGCUUGUGCUCAAUUCAACUUACAAAUAAUAUGCUUGAACAUGUUGCUUUUAAGGUUAAGACCACGUCCCCUGAUAAGUAUUUUGUCCGACCAAAGGUUGGAAUCAUCGAGCCAAACUCAACUCGUGAAUUCACGGUUAGGAUGCAAGCACAAAAGCUGGCCCUACCUGAUAUGUUAUGCAAAGACAGGUUCUUAAUCCAGAGCACAGUAGUUCCUGCUGAUACAACUGAUGAGGACAUAACCUCUAGCUUGUUUGCCAAAGAUGGUGGAAAGUACAUAGAAGAACAGAAGUUGGGUGUAACCCUUGUUAGCCCAUCCAUUUCCCAAGCAUUAAAGGAGGAGGAAGCUCUUGGAGUUACCGGACCAAAUAAUCUAUCUACAGCAGUAGAGGAGAUUGUAGACCAGGAACCUUCACACGAAAGCCAUGUUAUGUCUAAUGGAGUUGAUAGCCUGCCUCCAAAACACAUGGUUCCCGGAAAUGGUACGGAUCCUAGAGAUGUCGGUGAAGAAGAGCCUGAACCAGCAAGUUUAGCUAACGAUGUCAUAGAUGGGGAUUUGGAGAACCUGGAAAUUAUAAAGGAUCUCGAGGAGUUGAAGUUAAAGCUCAGUGAACUUGAGUUAAAGCUCUGUGAGGCUCAAAAUGCCAUUUCAAAGCUAAAGGAGGAGAAGCAAAUAAGCAUCCAAGAAAACAAAUUCUUGCAGGAGAAUUUCGUAAUUUUCUUCAGAGUUGAGGAAGACAGAGCUGAAGAGAGUUCAAGUAGGCUUUCCUGUUCUGUAUCUCUACAUGGUGGCGCUUGUAUGCACUUUUCUAGGACGCCUCUUGAGGUAAUACAGAUAUUUAAUGUCAUUAUAUGAGUUUUAUCUUCUGCAUACUGUCAAAUGAAGGAUUGAUAUAUAACUUGAAGGUCUGUAUAUGAAAUUUGAGCCUUGUUUGAUACCUUUUAAAUGUAAUGAUGUAAAUAAUAAUAAAAAUAUGUUACCAUAUUAUUACUUGAAAUUUUUUUUUU